ACUCCUAGUAGUAGUACUACUACUACUACUAUCCUCUCUGUAAAACCAUUAUUUUCUAUUUCUCUCUCUCUCAUGAACAUAAACACACCAUAUUUGUUUCUUCCCUUUUUUAGAACCUCAAACCAAAAGUCUCUCUAGGUGUUUGCCAUAUUUGGCUUGAAGAUGGUGAGAGGGAAGACUCAGAUGCGGCGUAUUGAGAACGCCACAAGCAGGCAAGUGACCUUCUCGAAGAGGAGAAAUGGUCUGCUGAAGAAGGCCUUUGAGCUCUCAGUUCUCUGCGAUGCUGAGGUGGCACUCAUCAUCUUCUCCCCUAGAGGCAAGCUCCAUGAAUUUGCAAGCUCAAGCAUGCACGAGACAAUCGAGCGUUACCAGAAGUAUACUAAAGAUAGCCAAGCUAACAAUCCACCUUCGGAGCAUAAUAUGCAGCAAUUGAAGCACGAAGCUGCAAGCAUGAUCAAGAAAAUCGAGCAGCUGGAAUCAUCAAAGCGGAAGCUACUUGGUGAAGGUUUAGGGCCGUGCACCAUCGAGGAGCUGCAGCAGCUCGAGCAGCAGCUGGAGCGCAGUGUCACCACCAUUCGUGCACGAAAGAUGCAAGUGUACAAGCAGCAGAUCGAGCAUUUGAAGGAAAAGGAGAAAGCCCUAGCUGCUGAAAAUGCAAUGCUGUGUGAGAAGGGGUUGCAGUUUGGACUUCAAGCACGAGGCGGAGGGGGAGGAGGAGGAGGAUCGAACGAGGAGAGAGCAGUGGUGCCGUCUGCGGAGAUCAGUGAGGUGUCUGAUGUGGAGACGGAGUUGUUCAUAGGGCUGCCUGAGACGAGGCAUAAGCGCCCUUACCAGAAAUAGUAUGUGAAUAAAAUUAAUUAAAGCUAGCCAACUUCCUAGCUUUAGUAACCUAUGUCUGUUUAUAUGCAUAUUAUUGCUUAUUUUAUUUUUUAUGUUUGCACCUAGAAACUGCAAAUAAUUUGUGCCUACUGCAUCUGUUAAACCACAUUUGUUUCGUUUUGGCUGUGAUGGAAUGUGGUAUUUUUCAGAUCAUGGUUCUGAUGAAUUAUUUAUUAAUGACAACUUUUUUAUGCA